UGGGUGAGAGCAGGAAUAUGACACCUUCUGAGCUCAAGAAGAUUUUGGGACUUUGUAAUGUUUUCCUGGAGAGGUUCCUUCGCCCUGAAGUUGUGUGCUGGACACGUGAAAAGCACAGGUGUGUCCUCCAGCCUGCCUGCAGAAAGGAAAUUAAAUCCAAUGCCACGCUUCCCAGUGGGAGACUGAGCCCAUGCCAGAGUGUUUAUAUGUAAAGGGAAAUCAGGAAAACAAAGUGAUGGACUGACUUUAAUUAUUCCACACAUCUGGAUUACUAAAGGUUUCUUGUGGCUGUGACAGGUUGUUGACUGGUGAGCUCCGGUGCGGGUGUUGGAGGGACUCAUUAAAAAUAGAAGCUGAGAAAGUAGGCCAGCGGUUUACUGAUGUGGAGGCAAUGGGUUGUCACCUCUCCUGCCAGCAUCUUUGGUUUGAUGGCACAGCUCAAGCACUCUUGGUCUGCCUGUAUCAGCCCGUUCUCGCUGCCGUCGAGUCUGACAUCUGGAUCUGACAGAAAACAUCAUCCAACUCUGGAACGACAUGAGAGUAAUUCUGUGGUGGGAAAUGAAACUGAGGCUGAUAGUGCUGUUAACGUGACCUCCUUGUCUGCUGGGAAUGAGGAGGAGAAGAUAGAGGAGGUGUCACAGUUCACCGGCUUGUCCAGCUCCUUAGACCCGACUCGCACCGGACGAAAAUUUAGAGAUGAAGAUGUAGGCAGCGGCAUGCUGGAAGAUGUAUUCUCGCCAACUCCUGGAACUCCAACUUCCAGUGAGGGAGCCACGACCACUUUGGCAAGCCCAGAGAUCAGCUCUGAGUCUGCUGAGACCGAACACUUGCUUCCCCAUGAGCCUGUCAGUACCUCCAUCGUGAAGGAGCAUUCCACCCCCUUCAUGGAGGAACAGGACACGGAAGAGGAAACAACGCAAGUGCCUACUCUACCACCCUGGCAGGAUGCUAAAGGAGAUGUGGAGACCACUGUGUUUGACCUUGACCAUGAGACAUCUCCCACAACCCCAUCCCCAACUCAUCCCCCUUCCCCAUCACCUGAUGUCACCGUAGAUUUCUUUGACCCCGGCUCCAGCCGCAAGGACCUCGACCCACCAUCUCACUCCCUGCAUGAGCUUCAGGGCCGUAACCCCACCUCUUGGGCCAUGCCCGACAACUACGACUACAUGACGUCCUUCGAUGAAACUGUGUCUCCCACCACCGAAGAUUACCCCUAUAGCAGCACUACUGAAUCGUACGAUGAUGACAUCUCCACUACACCUCCUUCCAGACGCUUCCCUCCUCGUUUGCCCUCCAACCCUGUUGUUUUCACAAUCCCCAAAGGAGCCACUGUGGGUGCAGGCCCCCGUGCUCCCCCUGGUGUGGUCGACUCAGUUAACGGCUCAGAGUGUCGGCAGGGCUUCGUCCGCACCAAUGGCUCCUGCAAGUCCCCAUGUGACCUGCAACCCAACUACUGUUUCAACGGGGGCCAGUGCUAUGUCAUGGAAGGAGCUCAAAUGUUCUGCAGGUGCAACAUCCAGGACUACAUGUGGCACAAGGGUGCCCGCUGUGAGUCGGUCAUCACGGAGUUCCAGGUAAUGUGCAUCGCCAUCGGGGCCUCCGCUCUCAUGGUGCUCCUGCUCUUCAUGAUCGUCGUUUGUUUUGCCAAGAAGCUGCACGUGCUCAAGACCGAGAACAACAAGUUGCGUAAGCGCAGCAGUAAGUACCGUCCUUCCUCGGAGCACCACAAUGAUAAUUUCUCGUUGUCCACCAUCGCUGAGGGCUCCCAUCCAAAUGUAAGGAAACUUUGCGACACCCCUCCUAACCUCCCUCAUGCCCGUGCUUUGGCUUACUAUGAUAACAUUAUCUGUCAGAAAACCAUGAGCAGAUACACCUGGGAGUGUAAGACCAAAGAGGAGCCCGACUGUGAGGAUGAUCCUAAUACCCAGAACAAGCUGGAGGACCCCGUGAAGGCCCCCCCACCCAAAGAGGACGAGUCGCUGAACAUCCAGAACUCGCUCACCCCUAAGCACGAGAACCAUAAGGUGCUGGGCGAGGAGAACUCUUCGGAGGUAAACUCGCUGCAGAACAACAUGAUGUAGAACAGAAACAAAAGCACCCCACGUCCAUGAUCACUUAAAGCAUCGAGCAGCAGACGCUACGAGCAGCCACAUCCACCACACCAUCACCACACGACAGAAAAUUUUGAAAAAACCCCGCCCCUUGUACCCACUCAGUCUCCGCCUCCUGCCCCGCCCCGUGUUGCAGUCUUUUUGCCCUGUAGUCGACCCGCCCCUGACCCAGCCCUUAUAUAUAUAUAUAUAUAUAUAAACACACCUACCCCUGCCUAACUGAAUUACGGCAUGCGUUGGUGUAUAUUGUAAAAAAGAAGAAAAAAAGUAAAACAUAUUCGGGGUUAUAAAAAUAUAAAACGUUGUCAUAAAAGAAAAAGCUACUGAGAGGUUUUGAUGUUUGUCUGACUAAUUCAGUGAGUAUGUAUAAAUAUAUGGAAAAAAUGCUUGGAUUGAUAUAAAGAAAAAUACACAAUGUGUCUUUGUUUUGAUGUGAUUUCUAAUCCUUUGAUGUACUUGUUUUAUUUUGUACUUUUUUGGGAAUAUAAACUACGAAGAGAAAAAAAUCUGACAGUUGUUGAAAUAAACCUUUUUAACACUAA